UUUAACUUAAUGGAACCGGCCAUUAAAAUCGAGGAAGACAGUACGGAUUUUGGAGAGUUUGCGUUCCUAUCGGAACAGCACUUAAUGGAGGAUAUUACGGAUAGUAUUAAGAAAAGUAGCGCAUCAAAAAAGAAUAGCGCUUCACGCAAGCGGAAGUUGGACAUUGCCGAGCUUUUCCAACUUUCAUCCGGUAGUGCCACCGCCAACCAGCGCAAUCUCUUAGAGAAACCGUUCCCAAUCAUAACGAUCAAUGAGCUGAACGAGUUCGAUACGUUGUUGCUGGACAAUCCAUCCUUUACGGAAAAAUGUGCACAAAUGCUACACUCGGUAAUUAGAGAUGAAGGCAAUUCACUGGACAAUGCAACGUGCCAUAUGCGGUUGCUACUGGAACAUGCGAUCGAUUAUACGGUGAUACUGCGCUACAGCUGGUACGGGUUUAUGCCGCGAUCACCCGCAGCCCGAAGCAGCGGCGAACAGCACCCGUUUCGAAAUCUGUUGGGUGUGAUCAGCUUGCUGCACCGGGCACGACAGUUACGGUUUGCGACCUGCAGCAGGGAAGAAAUUAACGAGGGUAUUGAGAAGUUUCUCAAGCGAAAAUUACGGUGCCAUGCGCUGUUUGUGAAAAAGCAACAGCUAGCGAAACAGCAAGGCUAA